UCAAAUCCAGGCAUCAAACAGAAUCAGAAAGCACACUUCACCACUGAGCUGCUAUGGCGGCAGAGCCCAUGACGGACAGGGCCCCUCCCAUGAAGGACAAAACCAUGAGAGAGCUGAAGGCGGCCAUGGUGGCCCGGGCCUGCGAAGACUUGGAACCCUUGCGGGUGGCCAUUGAAAAAGCGCGCGAGGUUCAGCUGGACACCAAUGAGAUUGACAAAGCCACCCUCAUCCUUCAUGACUUGGAGUUGAAGACUCAGCCGCUGACCUUCACGGAUCUGCCCCAGACGGAGAUGCAACAACUGCAGGCGAAAAGAAGUCGUGAUGAGAUCCUGGAAGAUUUGAAGCGGAUCAUGAAGCUGAGGUCGAAGGACGGUUUCAAGGCAGAGGUCCUGGCGGAGUUUCACUUUCAGAAUUUCAUGUUUUGUCAGAAGCAAGGCUUCAGCCCUGAGAAGGCUUCUGCGUUCUUGUCGUUGAUGCGGCAGUUGCAUAGCGACACGGUGCCAGCAAGAAAGGCAGAUGUCAACGAGGCCUCAGCUUUGUUGGAGGAGCUGCUGGCGAGGCAUAGCCGGCAACUGCCGCCUUUCAGCGUUGGGAUCUUCUCCAAAGAGGAGGUCUCUGUGAUGCGCGACUUCGUUACAAGGUCGUUUCUACGGCAUUUCAAGAUGUAUCAAUUUAUGUACCAGCAGCAACAGGACAUCAGUGUGAGCUCGGUGUCAAAGACUGUGAUUCCGAAGGUGUUGGAACCCAGCGCCUUGCAUCGAGACUUCGAAGUGGAUCCCAAGGACCUGGGCGAUGCCAUUGGCAUGGCCCUGAACCUUGUGGUGCCUGGCACCGGUGUAGGUGAGGAAGACAAGGUGGCUGAGAUGGAAGAAUCUCGCACGCGUCGAUCUGCUGCGAUGGAGGCGAUUGAGGCUCAGGUGAUGCAGGUCAUGGACGAAGUCGUCAAGGACCGGCUCGGAGAUCUGGAAUCGCGGAUGUCCACCUUGCCGUGAAGCCGUGGGGACGCCGUGGCAAUGGCCCGGCCCAAGAGUUGUAAUGUGGGACUUAGCCAAAGAAAAAUGGUGACUUAAC